AUGGCCGACUCCAAUACCGCGGGCCAGCCGCCGAAGUACCCUGCCGGCACCAUCGCGAAAGUGUCGACCGACAUCCUAAACGAAACCUUCCAUAAUAUCAUCCAUGACCUAGUCGCCAAGGUCCACCGCGAGGAGAAGGUGGCGCGGAUGCGCUCCGCCGUGGUGGUUGCUCAGCAAAAAGCCGAGGCAGAGUGUACCGUCCCCGAUGAGACGACCGGGAAUACCGCGAGCGAUGGAAAACCGAAGGAGGUCACAAUUGAUGCUGGCAAGCUUGCGAACACGCGCCUGGAGACCGACGCCGCAAUCUUCGACCACGGAAAAGUGUACCUGAAGGGGAACCCGCUGCAAACCGUGAAGGAGGUCAUCUGCCCAGAAUGCGGAUUGCCCCGUCUAACCUAUCCUACGGUGGGCGUCGGUCACCGGCCCCCUCCCGACCCAAAUAAGAAGUAUUGCGAGAACGGACCAUUGAUCAAUUUGCCGGGCCAUGACGUCCAUGGGAAACUGUUCGCCAUCAUGCCGAACCCCAAGAAGCGCAAGGAUCAGAAAGACAGCACCAUCCCUGAGAUACCGACCAGCAAGUGUCCUAUCUGUCCGCGAUACUUCGUGAUGAAUCGGGUGGCCCAGCAUCUGGACCGAUGCAUGAACAUUUCCGGUCGAAAUUUGCGCAAUAAGACGCCCACGGACAGCGGUGCUAGUGGCGCCAGCAGUCCAACGUCCUCGGCUCCUAAACGGCCACACGAAAAUGAAGACGACGAUGGUCCCAGUCCGACGAAGAAGAAGAAGCCCAACGCCCCCAAGAAGGGCUCCACCAAUAAGCCAAGCUCCCAGAAACCCUCAACCAAGAAGCCUUCGUCCAGCAAACCCGGACCAAGUAAGCUGAAGAACUCGUUCACAGCCGAGGAGAAUGACGGAGUCAAGAGCGAGCAGGUCGAUGCGUGA